AUGCCCCGCGCGGGAAUGACAGGGCCUAUUGCUACGAGAAUAAUUCGCAAGGCGCGGCCGUGCAGCAAGAGCGCCCUGCAACAUAAGGGAGAGAUUAAACAAGAACCGACCGAAUCUCCUUCUGGACAGGAGAGAGCUAUCUUGAUGCAAUUAGGAAACUCAGAACGACGGCAAAGAGCGGCCACGGAGCAGAAUAAGUACGAACAGAGCGGCACCCGAGAACGAGCAGUAGAGCGAGCAACCGUUACGAUGACUCGGAGCCAUGAGAGUGCGGCAGAGAGCAUGUGA